CAGGACAUCGAGACUUUACAUGGUACCAUUCAUGUCACACUGUGUGGGACCCCCAAGGGGAACCGGCCCGUCAUCCUCACGUACCACGACAUUGGCAUGAACCACAAAACCUGCUACAACCCCCUCUUCAACUCUGAAGACAUGCAGGAGAUCACCCAACACUUUGCUGUCUGUCACGUGGAUGCCCCCGGCCAGCAGGACGGCGCUGCCUCCUUCCCCAUGGGAUACGUGUAUCCUUCCAUGGAUCAGCUGGCUGAAAUGUUGCCUGGAGUUCUCCACCAGUUUGGACUGAAGAGCGUCAUCGGCAUGGGAACUGGUGCUGGCGCCUACGCCCUAACCCGAUUUGCUCUGAACAACCCUGAAAUGGUGGAAGGACUUGUCCUCAUCAACGUGAAUCCUUGUGCGGAAGGCUGGAUGGAUUGGGCUGCCUCCAAGAUCUCAGGAUGGACCCACGCCCUGCCGGACAUGGUGCUGUCCCACCUCUUUGGGAAGGAAGAAAUGCAAAAUAACGUGGAGGUGGUCCACACUUACCGCCAUCAUGUGGUGAACGACAUGAACCCCACCAACUUGCACAUGUUCAUCAACACCUACAACAGCCGUCGGGACCUGGAGAUCGAGCGGCCCAUGCCGGGGACUCACACCGUCACUCUGCAGUGCCCUGCUUUGUUGGUGGUAGGAGAUGACUCUCCCGCCGUGGAUGCUGUGGUGGAAUGCAACUCCAAACUGGACCCCACGAAGACCACGCUCCUCAAGAUGGCAGACUGUGGUGGUCUCCCGCAGAUCUCCCAGCCGGCCAAGCUUGCUGAGGCCUUCAAGUACUUUGUGCAGGGCAUGGGCUAUAUGCCCUCCGCCAGCAUGACCCGCCUGAUGCGAUCCCGCACCGCCUCUGGGUCCAGCGUUGCCUCCUUGGAGGGUGCCCGCAGCCGCUCCCACACCAGUGAGGGCACCCGCAGCCGCUCCCACACCAGCGAGGGUGCCCGCCUCGACAUCACUCCCAGCUCUGGCACCACUGGGAACAGUGCCGGCCCCAAGUCCAUGGAGGUGUCCUGCUAG